AUUAAGUGCUUAUCAGUUAUCAGUGCUCAUAAAUAUUUUAUUUUACGAAAGUUUAAGAAAACAAAACACAAAUUAUGCAUACUUAAGAUUCAAAUACGCUUUAAAUAAUCUUUGCGAUUAAACAUUAUUAAAAUGUUUAGUAAAUCCAAGGUGCAAUUUCAAGACCAACAACUAGAUGACUAUGUGCUUGAGAAUUCAGUAUUGAAAAGCAAAUUACAAAGUAAAGUUGAUGCUUUGGGUAUUAUGAGCAAGGAACUUGACAAAUGCAGUAUGGAACGGGAUAGAUACAAAAUCUUAGUUGAGCAACUCCAAUGCAAGAAGAGUGUAUCUAUAUGUGUUCAGGAUAAUAACUACAGGUUCACGCAAACAAACACUAUUAGUGGAGGAGAAAUUCUAGCAAGAACUAGAGACCAUAAUAAUAUGCUUAAACUAGAGGUAGAGACAUUACGCAGCAAGUUAGAUGAAGCCAAUGGUGAUAUUUUGGCUUUAAGGAGACAACUGCAAAAGGGACCCCUAUUGGACGAGAAUGAUCCUAACAAAAAAGUGAUACAAAGUUCACAACAAAAUGAUUAUGAACAAUUGGUGCAGAACUUAGAAAGAAUACAAAAUAAAUAUCAACAACUACAUUUAGAUUAUCGGACAACAUUGGAUGAAAAAGAGGAACUAGUUGCUGAUAGGGAUUAUUAUAAAAACAAAGUACAACGAUUGAAUCAUCAAAUAAGUUAUUUCGUUACAAAUAAACAGAAUGUUCAACAACCGGAGGUUGAUCAGCCGAAGCCCUUUGUUGACAUAGAUGCCUUAAUUACAGAAAAUAAAUAUUUACACGAAAGAAUUACGCAAUUGCAAGUUGAGAAAGAAAUCGUUAAAAGAACUCUGACUAAAUACAAGACAUUGCUUGACAACAGAACUAGAGGAGAUACGGUCAAUAUAAAAAAAGGAUUUGCAGAUGUCAUGACACAAAAACAAGUGAGGGAAUAUUUGGAUAAUAAUUCCAAAACUGGUCUGAAAAGAAGUUCAGCUGCGGAACUAAAGUCACUAUGUUUGGGAUUAUUUGAAGCAUUGAAUGAUAAAUCCAUUGCUUUACAACACCAAAGAAAGACUAAUCAGAUUUUAGCAAAUAGAAUAAAUGAAUUGGAGAAAACAUUAGAAAGUUGGUGUAACGGUCAAAAGUGUAUACCAAUAUUCCCAACACAGAUGCUUCUAGAAGAAUUUCUGCCUGACACAUCAUCUGUUAAAUCUGAUGAAACGAAAAAAAAUAUAGAAGAUUCCAAUGUGAAAAUUCAGAAUACAUAUUCUGAUAGCGAGGAAGAUUAUGGGACAUGUGACAAUGAGAACAGUUUUGGUGACAAUUAUCCCGACGGCGGAGGUGACGGACAUGUGUCAAAAACAAUUUUGCCAUUGGAAUUGGAACAACUUGUCAAAGAAGCUCUGGCAGAUUUAAAACCAGUCCAGUGAAAUAGUGGGCCCAUUUGUAUGCAAGCUACUAGCACUAGCCAUAUGCAAGUAUUCGUUAACGAUAUCAUGCCAGUGACUGUCAUUAAGAAGUUAACACGAUGUUUUUUGUGACAGCCUCGGGCAUGUAUGUUCAGGAGGAAACUUGACACUUAAGAUUCGUCGCUAAAGUACUCGUAAACUUUUUACUGGCAUGUAUGUAGCAAUGUACAUACACCAGUAGCUGGCAUGCAAUAUACUAUUCUUUUAUAUGUUCGUUUUCAUUGUCAUAACAUUUGUGUUGAAUCAUUGACUUCUCUUGUACUCUAUGAAAUAAUAUUUUUAAUACAAACGUUGAAUAGUGGAAGUUGUAGAAUUAUAUAAUUUUAUAUUAAUUCUUGUGAUAAGUACCAAAGAUGUUGAAAAUAAUUCUAGUCAAUCAUUCCAUUGUAUUUAUUUUAUAUUC